CCGUAUUCUUUAUUCACGGUUAACGUUUAUUAAUUUUAUCGAUGUAGUAUUUUAAACAAUCCUACAGUUAUAUAUAACUUUACCAUAAUGAAAAAUAAUAUGUUAUCUUGCUUUAUAAUUAUUUUGAUGAUUUAUAUGUAGAAUCUACUAUUAUGUUUUAUUUCAACUGUAAAGCAAAAUUAUUAUGUAAGGUUAUCGUAGUACAGUGCUGGCGUACGUAAAUUUCGUAACAGCACUACAUUCUAUAUUAGAAACAUCUUGAAAAUCAAAUGAAUGGUCUUCCUUCCACAAGGCGGCGCCACUAAUUCCGGACCAAAUUUUCAUUUUCAAUGCGUGACAAGGGCGUCUAUACGACCGACAAUCUGCCGGCCGAUUCUCUGUUUUCAGUCGCCUUCGCUGCUGGCAGCGUACGGACGGAAGAGUUGAAAAUUUUUCGCGAAAAUCGGUUAUCUUUCAUACAUUGUCAUCUUUUCACCGUCAUUCUAUAUGAUGAUCCAAAAAUCCUUAACCCUGCAACGAGUGAUUUCUGCGAUCUGACAUUUAAAAUAAGAACGGAAAUGUUUUGUUAAAAAUGAGAUUUUUUCUUGCGUGGAACCGGCGUUUAGUGAUACGUCGUGAAAGAGUUAGAAACUAAUAAUUGUUUAACGACACGAAGCGAAAGUGACAUUUGGAAAGUUCAGGAAAGGAAGAAUAGCAAAAAGGCGGGAGACGGAUGCGUGGAACACCGCUUUUUUUGGACGAACUGUUGGGCACGAGCGCGAUCAAGAAGGAAAAUACCUACUUGAAGGUGGCAGAAACAGGGGUGGAGAAGGUCACGGGGUCGGGCCUAGGGGUGGCAUCAUGGACUCUCAUCAGCAAUUCUGUCUCAAGUGGAAUAGUUUCGGUAGCAACCUAGCGACAGCGUUCUCGAAUUUGUUCAAAAGCGAGAGUCUUACCGAUGUCACCCUAUUCUGCGAGGGAGUAACGUUCAAGGCACACAGGUUAAUCCUCGCAGCAUGCAGCAAACACUUUCAAGAGCUCUUCGAAGGAAUGCCUCCUUCUCCCGCGGGACUGAUCGUUAUUCUCGACGGGACGAGUGCCCACAAUAUGGCGUCCCUUCUCGAAUUCAUGUACCGUGGAGAGGUCCACGUGUCCCAGGAAUCCCUCAGCUCUUUCCUCAAAGCAGCCGAAUGCCUUCAAGUAAAGGGUCUGUCUAUCGAGCACGAGAAAUUGGCAGUAGCGCAGAGGCACGCUGCGGAGAACAAUAGCUCAUCGACGGACGCCGGGGAUGGCGGAGGUGGUAGCAAUGGCGGUGGUAGCAGCGGUAGCGGAGACAACGGAAGCGGGAACGUGAGCGGAAGCGUCAGUGGAAAUGGUAACGCAGCUGGUGGUGCCAGCGGCGUCGGUGGAGGAGUUGGCGAAGUGAGCGAUAUGAGCGAAGCGGGUGAGGCAACCAUGGUGAGAAACACCAUGAAGAGGACCCCCACACCGGUACCUUCGCCCGCUCCUGCUUACACCGUGCCCAGCCUCUAUUCCACUACCUCUCACUAUUACGAAAGUCCGCCGAAAAGGCUGAUGAGAUCGCCCAGCGACGUCGAUACCUUGGGAAGGGCGAGCGUGUUGCGCGAUGGCACUGCCUUCCGGCCCGCAUCAGCGCCACAUCCGCUUCUCCUGGAGAACCACUUCUACCAGCCGUUCAUCUACCCUUCAGAAACGCCCGCACAUCCCCACACCGCACCUCACACACCGACAGAAUUGGAACAAGAAUUGGAACGAGCGAGGUCCGAGGAACGUAGCAAUUGCGAUCUCAAAGAAAGCGUAGCCGAAGAUCUUCGAAUAAAGCAAGAACCAGUGGCGAUGACCGAUCGGGAAAGGGCAGAAAAAUUGGCAGAAAGAUUGUCAGGUGAGGUUUAUUCCGGUGGAAGGGGGUUCGAUGGUGGUCAUUACGGUUCAAAUUCGGACCACAUUCAACACGGGGGACAAGUUGGCCACGCCAUAGUUCCCCUGCCGCCCGCUCAUCCGCCGACUCCUGAUCUCAGUCCUGCACCCACCACUCCUGCUAUGUGGAAUACGAAAAUUAACAAGGCUGGCACUGUUUCCACUCCGGAUGGGAAGAAACUAAAGUGUCCAUACUGUGAGAAGCUGUACGGCUACGAGACGAAUCUGCGAGCCCACAUACGGCAGCGUCACCAGGGUAUCAGGGUGCCGUGUCCGUUCUGCUCGCGAACGUUCACGCGGAACAAUACCGUCAGACGGCACAUCGCACGGGAGCACAAGGCCGAACUGAAUCUGAAGGCCUUUCAACAAACAAACCACUCAAUGUCAGACACGGUGCCGCAGUAACGGCGUCCUCGUUGUCAUCGUCGUCAUCGUCGUCGUCGUCUUCGUCGUUGUCAUCGUGGUUGUCGCUGUCAUCGUCGCGAUGACAUCGAAGACAGCCCUGUGGCUACUCGAGUUACCUGCGAGUGGCACGAAACGGAAAUACCACGAAUGCUGGAACGAGGAAGAAGCAACGAGGGUGAAGGUCUGUCCACCUUUUCCCUCGACCAACGUCGGUCAACGCCAUCCCCAUCCCAUGUAGCAUCCGAGUGGCGCUCGGGACUAAACAUUUCCUCCGCGAAAUCGCCACGCUGCGAUUGACAGCGUUGCGCCGGAAGUCAACCGACGCUUUGACAGCGAGGUCGACAAAGGAACUGUCCCGCUGUGUCUCGUCUCGGCGAUUCUAAUAGUUGUCAAUUACACCAGUCGUGUUUUCGGCUGAGCGAUUCACCGGCCGAAAGCGUCUCGAGAGCGUCACUACGAAAGAGCAACCGCCGGAACACAGAGAAUCGAGCUAAAGAAUUAUAUAAAUUUACCGCUUAUGCAGAUGAUUAGACGUGGCGUUCGACUUAUUCGAUCGCAUCAAACGAUCACUGACACAUACUCGAAGACUCGAUGGAUGCUGGACUUUCAAAAGAUUCUUCGUGUUUUGGAUUACCCCUACUUUGAAGAUUCACGUUGCUCUAACGAUUGCACGCUCUUGGCACGCUUGGUACGCUUGGUACGCUUUUGCGGAUACGAAUUGCGUUUCCUGGGAUAAAUUGUGGAGGAUAGACGUGGCGUGAACUUGGAUGCGACAGAGGUUGUUGACCAGAUGUAGUAGAAAAAAUUGUCGCACUAAUCGGAUCAUAAAGGAGGUUAGCAUUGGAAGAGAGGGAAGAUGAAAGAAGGCAAAGGAAGAUACAGGAAGAUAGAAGAAGGUAGAAGAGUGAAGCUUGGAAAAACGUCGACGUCCGAUUGCUCGCGUAGCUCGCACAAAGGUACGAGUGGGAUGAUUAGGGGUGGGAUUGAGGGAGAUGAAAGCUCGUCGCGCCUCGGACACGCUCGCGAAAUAACGCUGGAUAAUCACAAAACUAGUCAAUAAAAGUGCAACGUCGAGUAAGAGUUAUUAACUAUAAAAGAGAAAGCUGAAGAAAAACAGUUUUUAAAAGAGCGCGAUAAAAGAUAGGGAAGUUAGAGACAAGCGUAACGCCGAAAGAUCGAAACCGAAGAAAAGACGCGAAUAGUUGAAAGCAUGUUGAAACGCAGAUUCACAAUGUCAAGAGAGAUUAAGCGAGUAGAUUACGAGGAAAGUGAAGAAAAAAAAAAAAAGACGCAUAUCUCAGGUGAAUCGUACUACCGUAAGCCAGUAGUUCUCGAUUUAUUUUAUUAUCUUUCUCGCCCUUCUGCUUUGUGGUUUACAUAUACAUAUAUAUGUAUUUAUACAAUUCUUCACCAUAUUUUUUCGACGACUCCUCGCGUGAACGAUCAGGAUCGUUUUAAGGAGUCGUACGAAUACCGAUUAAUAUAUAUAGUAUAAAUAUAAAUAUACCGAACAUAUAAAUGAAAACGGUGCAAGCGCUGUUACGAGAAAUAGGUUUAAAUGAAUGAAGCGUCUACUUACUGCCGCUACUUUAUUUUAUUCGAUAGUUACGAUCAUGUUACCGAUGGAUUAUUAAGAAUUAUCGAACUGAUUACCAGAUCACAAUGCAUUGAAACGCUGUUAUAUAUUGAUACUUUUACCGAUUUUACCGCGGAGAAAUAACACUGGUACUAUUAUUGCUGUUGAUGUCGAGAGCCUAGGGUCAAGACACGGGUGAUAUCCGAACAUAAUUCAACACUUUACAACUUAAACACGUACGCGUUAGUGCCAAACAAACUGAGAACACAAAGAAAGGAAACAUAGAAAUUAAAUCGCAUUUUCUCGAUCGUGCAUUUUUCUACUCAGGAUAGGUAAUCGAAUUUCUAUUAUUUUUUUACGCAUCUCCACACACGAGACGGUAACAUAGAGACGACGGACGACAUACACUUCAUCCGUGAAAAAAGUACACAUAUCCGGAAAAGAGAGAUAGAGUGAUGCAGAUUUUUCUUGUAAAACCGACACUGACGCAUACCAUCUUCUCCACUUUUACGUUUUUCUUCUCUUCUUUUUAUAUAGAUAUACCGUCGUUUUAUAAAGAAUUUAUGAGAUUAUUAACUACAAUGAUAAAGAAUGGACAGGUUGUCGAGUUACCAUAUUAUUAAAUAUAUCAUGUAGGCCACGUGUGUAGAUUCUUCUUGGUGAAUGCGUGCAAAGCGGAGGUUCGUAUCGCGCGAGAAAAUAAGCAAUAAUCGUUAAGAUACAUAGAGAAGAACUGAUCUUUCCUUUUUGUAAGAACGUUGUUUUUUUAUAUCUCUCUAAACGCACUGUAUAUAUAACCAAGGGACGCCUGUUCUUAAUCGUUAUUAUACACGAACAGGAGUUUCCUGGUGAAAAAUCAGGGCGUUCCACGUGCUACGUAUUAUAAUACGAGAUCCAAGAUUUUUUAGCGAGUACGUUUAUAUUUACCUGAUCGAUGAAGAAUCACGAAGCAAUCGCAUUCGCUUAGAAAGAUCUCAAACGUGACGCGUUGUACGUCACGAAGAACAAUCACUACCACUUUGUUACCUGUUUACAAUGUUUAAAUAGCGGACUUUUGUCCGAAGCAAUAGUCGAGGAUAAUAUAUAAUAGGUGAUAUAAUUAUGAAACCAAUAGACCAGGACGAACAAGAAAGCAUAGGGAAUAAUUGCUUAGAUACCGGUUGUAUAGAAUGUGAUCAAUGCAAUAGUUUAUUAUUAACGAUUUAACCUAUAAAUAGAUAUAUAGAUACUCCUAGUCAGGAUAGCACCACAAUAUUACUUGUUGCAGUAUUUCACACGUUUAUAUUACAGACUUCUAUCUUCUCUCUUUUUAUUCUUUCUCCACUAUUACAAACUCCCAGCCGUUUUUUUUUCUCCCUUUUUAUUAUUAUUAUUAUUAUUCGUUUAUCAUCGUUUUCUUCAUAUCCGUCAGUAUCUUGUCUUUUCUCUCGCUCAUCUCUUUUCCUCCUAUUUUUAUUUGUUUGUUACGUUACAGAGGAAAAUCAGAGUUUAACGAGAGUUAUCUCACAACGAUACGCCUAUCUUCUUAAGAUAUCAAAGACAAUAGUUAAUAGGGGAUUAUUUAGUAUUUAAAUGGUCGUAAAAGAUUUAGAAUAUAUUAGUAAAAGGAAACUAUUUGUUUCGUUUCCGUUUUCGUUGUCUCGUUCUUUCCCGUAUUUUCUUGUUCGCGUUGCAUGUGUUCUUUUUACGUUUCUACAUUCUCCGCAUAAUUCUCUCUUUUUUUUUUUUUUUUUUUUGUUACGUUUUUCUUAUUUUCUUAAAUACGAUAUCAAAUCGCGAACCGGAUCGUUCGCGUAUUCUGCCAAAUGACGAUACGUAUGACAGUACUACCUCAUCGUUUUUUAUAAGAAUGCAUACAAAACACAGGGAACACUGAGAGACCACUGAUAGAAUAACAUCUGUACAUUCCGUACAGCCGCCACUACUCGUCCGGUUAAUGUCGGGAUUAUUCUCCUGCUGUUAUACCCUGAGAUACAGGGUACGAGCGUGAAUCUUGAAGCUCUUCAUCGAAAUUCCAUGCAAUAUUAAUAUUUAUUUUCCAAACUUGCUGUCAUUCAACACAUACGAAGAAUAUGAUGAGUUAUAUUUUCUGUUUUUCAACGAAACAAUUUUCUGAUAACUAAUCUCAAUAUUGUCGAAAUUGUUGUUUAUAUUUGCUUUUACGAAUUCAAUAUGUAUCAUUAUAUCAUGAUAUUUGAAAAAACAGCGUUCAGUGCUGCAACAUUAGUUGUACAUUUGGUUUCAUACAAAAGGAUUUAUUACUUACCUUAGAAAGAUUAUAUUCAUUUACAAUUGUAUCAUCAGAGAAAAUACUUUGCGAAACAGAAACUUGAAAGGACGAACUUAUCACAUUUUCUUCGCGCGAUCUUCGCGUUGUAAUCGUUCGUAGAAUUUGUGGAAGAUCGUUUUCGUUCUACCAUUUACAGAUCGUACAAACGACGUCUCCUUCGAACUUUCAAACAAUUUCAUUUUAUAGACAUUAGUUUAACGCAAGUGCCGUAUUAGCAGAGGAAUUUCUGAUAGACGAAAAGCUUCAAGGAUCGCAAGCACACGUGAUAUAUAAGCUCUACAUACGAUUAUAUAGUAGAUCCGUUUUUUUACGAAGUUGCAUUAUCGCAUACGUACACAACUGUAUAUGUAAUAACUUACCAUUAUCUAAUAACUUUCCACUAUAUAAGCACAGUGAGACACGUGAAUGUGAGUACGCGCGUGUGUGUGCGUGCGUGAGCGCGAGAGACUGCGUGACAAUUUACAAAUAAAGAAACGCGGCGAUUUCAUCGUUUGGCAAGCGAAGUCUGGUUCCUCGGACCGAUCACGAUUUUUCAGUCAGAGAAAUACGAAAAAGAAAAAGAAAGAAGAACGGAAUCAGGUGAGAAACAAAGGAAACAAACGAAAGUAUUGUUUCAUCAUGAACAAAACGAAAAAUAUGUGAACUGAAAAAAGAUAUCGCGAGUGUGCAGUGCACAGGUUUAAUUGGCGAGAGCGAAGAGGUUUUCAACAAAUGGGUCUAAAAUGGAGAAAAUCCAAGUGAAAAUAUCAAAUCAGCGAAAAGUGUUUCGAGUGCACGCGUGCUUGUUUCGUCGACGAAUUUCGCGGAUCAUGUUUUCCGAUCAUCUCGAAGGGGUUGAUAACAAAAAAAAAAAAAAAAAAAAAAAAAAAAUAAAAAAAUAAAAAAAUGGACGAAGAACAUUCUAAGAAAGAAGCUCGAAAGCUGACGAAUGAAAGGAACAAAAAUGGGGAUUGAAAAGGAAAAACCAUACGAGACGUUUUUAGGAGGGCAAAUUAUUUAGAUCCGGACGCGAGGGUGAUAACCGAUGUUCUUUUAGGGCUGACUAAAGGGUGAAUUUCUCGAGGAUGGGGCUAUAAAAACAUUUUAGACGACGUGAAAAUUAGUCAUAGAGGGUGGACGAGAGGGCCUGAAAACAAAAAGCAAAAAAACGAAGACGCUGCGGGAAGGGGUAUUAUUCAAAAGUGUUAUGUGUCGUUUACGUAUGUGAUAGGAACAUACACACACGCGCACACACAUCUACACUGCACGUACAUACACGUUUAUGUACGAAACAGAAAAACACACAGAACGUACACGGGAUACGUCGCAAAACGAUCGAUUUGCAUAUAUGAUCACGAGUGUAAAUAAUUUUGCUACGCAUACGUACUUUGGUUAAAUUUUAUUUCCUUUGUCUCUUCUUUUGUUUUCUUUUAAAUUAAGCCGAAAAAAAUGUAUACACGUUUUCUUUUCUUUUCCUCGUCUUCUUUUUCUUUUUUUUUUCAUUUUUUUUUUUUUUUUAACUUUUCUCGGCUACUCUGCCAAGCAGAAACGAACGAAACGAAAGAUCGGGAGUAAUGUUAAGAUCGUACAAACUUUAGUAUUAAGUUUACACUUUUCUUAAGCGUUUCCUUUCAUUUUUAUUUCAUCUAAUAUCGUUCCCUAUUAUUUUUCUUUGUUUUCGUUCUCUUUUAGGUAAUUUUGGGGUGACGUUCAUAACGAAAAUUCGGGCGCUUAGGAUAAUGCGUUUACGUUCACAGUUGCGAAUGUUUAAGAGGUUUGGGGCUAAAAAGCCAUGCUCUUUUUAGUUGCUUCGUCGUUAGCUGUUACGAAUUUGCAUACGUAAAAACACGCGUGUACAAUGUAUAUACAGGUGUAUAUAUACGAAGUUGAUGAAUCGAGUAACGAGUGACGAGCAAUCGAUCGUGUUUGGGCAGGGGAUGGAAACGAAAGUGAAAGAUCGCUGGAUCUGAAACCAGACUAAACUUACACUCGCGUUUUGCUAUUCGUCGAAUUAUGAAUCGCGUACAAUUCUUUUCCAUAUCCACAAUUCUCCUGUGUUCGAAUUGCUUUUUCUUUUCCGUUUCGUACUCGAUCUCUUUGCAAAUGUCCUUUGUCAUAAUUUCUUUCAUAAGUAAAACACUUUUCAAUCUCAAGGAAAAAGAAACGAGAUUCAAAAGUCGCAUAUUUUCAAAUUUAUUUUUACACGUGUUUUUUUCCUCUCUAAUAUUAUUUUCGAUAACGAAGUUUCUCGAUCGUUUCGAAGAUCACGAAAUUAUAUUGGAAAUGUUACUUGAAAUCAACUCACGAUUCGCAAGAGUAGUUUUCAACGUCCCGUUUUUCCGCGUAAAGUUCCGCGCUGCCUGACCGUAUCCCAGUGUGAUUGGAAACACAUACACACGCACACACGAACACGUGUAUACAAGCACAAACACACAUAGGCACACGCAUAUAGGAGGGGCGCGGUAUCGUGCGUACGCUUAGCGUGCAUAUAUCCACGUUGCGAAGCCACGCGCCAGCGUACGCACACGUAUGUACCAUUAUUGUAUCACGGCGUAGGAUAAAAUGUUGCAUGUUGUUUCUAUAAUAUGUGUUUUACGGAUUGAAAAUCCUUUAAUAGAUGUCGUGUGUGACACAGCUUGGCGAGGCGAGCUUUACACCGCGGGUCGACCGAAUCGUUUCGAAUUUCCCGCGUGAAUCACGGGCGUUGCGGAGAAGGAAGAAAGAGAAAUUAGAAAAACAAGGAUAGUGACUUAAAAAGGGGUAGAAAGACGUUAGACAGCGGAGAGUUCGAUGAAAGACUCUUGACUUUCAAGGAAGGACAGAAAAUUAGGAUGAUAGUCGGUAGGGGUCGCUAAAAAAUCGGUACGAAAUCGGCGAAAAGUAAAUGAACUAGGAAUAAACCGCGUUUAAAGGACGCUCGACACCCGCGACCGAGACUCGCGGUGUAAACGGGCUUUCCACGAUUUAAAAAACGUAAAAUGAAAAAAAUAUAUGAAUAAGAAAAGAGAUGGUAAUCCUUCGUCACUGAUGUUUGGCAACUGAGAUCGUGUGGGUGGGUAGGUACAGUUGUCGGGGGUAGAAUAAGAACAUUGGCAGAAGCGAACGAAAAACAAGGGUUGGGGGAAUGAAAGGGUGACGACGGAGAGGCUGUCGCCGUGGAAAAUAAUUAAGGAUCGGCGGAGAUUGUUGCAUGCUCGCGGUGAAAAACGAAGGAGGAUAAGGGUCGAUGUUGUCGCUGCACCUGGACUGCGCGUGCACUGUCUACUUAUACUAUACCGUUUGAUCGUUGUAUAGUAUAGAAAAGAAAAAAGGAAAAAAAAUACAGUAAUAGUACUAUACCAUAGUUGAUAAUGAUUGCAUAGUACAUGUAUCACGCACGCAUAAGCAUAUUUAAACGUGACGAAAAAGUAUAAAAAAAAAAAAGCAUAACAUUAAUAAGAACGUAAGGAACGUACAUUACGUAACGAACCUACAUCUUCUUUUUCUUUUGGCGGCAAGAUCGAAUUAAUCGAUUGACGAUUAUUACGAUUACGAUUAUAAUAUUGUAAAACUGUAGGGCUUAUAUUGUCGCGCAGCGGGGCUUCGAUUUCGGUGGCGUGCGAUCCUCGAACGGGGAUAAACGUUUGAGCGAUCGCGACUUAUAGUACAAAGUAAACUAUAAUGCGUUAAGGGGUAUAAAUGAAGUAAUCGAUGGAAAAACGCGAUGAUGAAACAGAUGACGAUCGCAGAUUUUUGUAAACUUACUAUACACGAUGUAUUAAAAGAAACGAUCACAAUUACGAUACUGAUCGACGAUGACGAUGACGAUAAAGAUGAUGAUGAUGAUGAUGAUGAUGAUGAUGAUGAUGAUGAUGAUGAUGAUGAUGAUGGGUUUUAUAUAAUAUAGUUGAAUUUGAACGGCUAGAGAGAUGGGCAUCGGUAGAACGAUCAAGGGUUCGAUGAACGCGAUUUAAUUAAGCCGAUAACACUGCAUUUCUCGAUCUCGCCGUUUAUUAUGCUGAAUGUUGUAUACAGAUUGGAUGAGGAGGCGUAUAAUCCUGUUCGAUGGAUCGUGGUUGAUCGUUGAUCGAUAAAAGUCGUCGAUAUACAGCUUUUAACAUUUCAUCUUUCUUCGAGAUCUGGUGAAACUGAGCGAAGCAACGUCAUUGCGAUUUUCAAGCAAUGCUAUACGAUUCGUCAGGUUUUUAUUUCUGAAUGAUGCAAUAGACCGACUGUCUCUGCCCUGCUAUUAUAAGAAUAUAAAACUACCGUAUUUUUUCUUUUUCUUUUUUUGCAUCGCUAUUACAUUAAAAAAUCGCAACGACGUCACCUGGCUCGUUUGCACUAAAUCUAAUAAUAAUGAAACAUCAUGUUACACGAUAGCUAUGUUACAAGAAGAAUCGACGAAGUUUAAUCUAUGCAACGAGACGCAUUAUCCACUCAACGAGAUAUCGAUAUUUCUGUGAUACGCAGGAAAGGAAGGAGGACACGUUUACUUUAAGCAGCGAACGUGCCGGAAGUUUAAAUACCCAUUACAUAUCAGUUUCAGGGAGAUCGAUCGCCCAUUACUUUAACUAUACUUGUCCCGUUUCAUGUGAUCCUCGUGAAUCCUCUUUCCUUUAUCUGGAAUUGCAGAAGAACUGAUUGUUCACCGACUGUUCCAUGUGAUCGUACUUUAUACCAAAUAGCUCGCAAUAGUUGAUAUUAUAGUUACAGAGUUGUUGAGAUUGUUUUACUACAGACUGCUGUGUUUGCAGCCGACUUUAUAUGUUUCUUAAUCGUUCAGAUAUGAUAUAAGAACGACUUAAACGCAGAGAAUAGAUAAGAACGAUAUAAAUGCAAAUAUUUACAAAUGAUACGUAGGAAAUAGGUCCGAAUGCUUGUUAUGUACGAGUGUUAAUAGCAGAAAGGAUGAAAAGACUGGUGAAACUCGUCACUGCCACUAAGUAAUCGAAUCCUUCCGUGAUCGGUUCGCCGAUGCAAGUUCUGCCGUUCAUCACAGUAACGGAACACAAUACUUCGUCAUACACACUAGUACAAAUGCUACCUCACACAAGCUAUACAGGGUGCAGAAGAAAGCAAAAGAGAGAAAAAAAAAAGAAAUGAAUAGAAGCUUAAAAUAAAUCUCUGUACAUAAAAGAUGACACAAUUUAAAAGGAAAAAGAAAACGGUAUUUUGCGAUAGAAUCAAACGUCCCAGAGGUGUCGAUGAUCGGCAUACGGUCCGACGUAUUCUAAAGAAAACGACGAUGGCAAGAAAAGAAAAGAAACAAAUUGUAGUAAAAAAAAAAAAAAAAAAAAAAAAAAAAAUAAGAAAGAUGGGAAAACACAGACGAUAGUUAAACAGAGAUCAGAAUUAAAAAAAAAUUCGAAACGGGUUCGGUGUCGUUGAUCGAGACGACGCAACUCGUACUCCACGGUGUCCUUUUCUCAGGAAUAAUGAAAACCAAGUACAAACUACAAAGUAUAAUAGUCCAUAAGAUUAACAUAAAUCAAUAAUCAAGCGAUGCAAUAGUCGAGUGUAUAGUAGGGAUCGAUCCGGUGUAACUUGUACGCCGUUUCUCUUUGUCUCUUUCUCGCUCGUCCCUCCUUGCUAUCUCAUUUUUCCCCUUUUCUCUCUGUCUUUCGUCAGAAAGAAACUAACUUGUUGUUAACGAUAACCGCCGCCGCGAAUCAUUAAAAUAUGAAACGUGUUUCGCGCACGACGACGCUACGUUACUUAUGGCACCGUGUGUUAAUUACGCAUACAAAAGGUUAAUUAAGUGCUCGAACGACCAGUUUCCUCUUCAUUCUCACGUAUCUUGCUCGUUCUUUCUCCUCUCUGUUAAAUAGCGGCCAUGCUCGUUAGAGUGGUUUUCGCUUCCGUUCGCCGUUUCAUUCAUUAUAGGCGAACAAAGAGCAGAAAGAGCGCUUUAUGGUAGCGAUAUCGUUGCGCUAACAAAGAGGAAGAUACGUUUGUGGGAGAGGAAGCAAGUGUCGCUUAAAUAAUGAGCCAAUUAACGCGGGAAUUAUGUAUCGUAACGACGAUUCCGCGUUAAAGGAACGACGAACGUUGCUUGUUCGCCGCGUACUUCUUUCGAUUCACGAAUUUGUUAAUUGUUUUAGUCUCUUUAUCCUUAUCGAGCGCUGCUGAACAAUUUCCUUCGAUGAUCCAUCUCCAUCCAACACUUCUCAUCGCGAUGCAAUCACUCGUCUAAGGUUAGGUUCAUCGGACGCGUCAGACUUUAUUCCUUAACCUUUUUUGAAUUUCGCGCCACGGCACAUUCCACCGUGGUUAUAAGUGUUCUUGUUAAGAUGUGUUCGUUCUUUGUUGACCGUUUUGUUACGUGGUGUUUCUCUGCCGGUCGGAUGUUCCCUUAUCGAACAUUUUUUUUUUCAUUUUCGGUGUCUUUUCUUUCUCUUUGUCUAUUUUAAGGAAGCGGAACGUACAUUUCGUACGAACUUUCUAUGAUAACGCACGAUAACGAAACAUUUCUUCUUUUAUUCCGUUUCAAUCUUCAUCUCACUAGACAUUCAGUUUAAGCGUUCUGCUUACCACUUCGUAUGGAACUCUCCUAUUUUUUCUUUUUUUUUUUUUUCAUCUUUACAAGAUCUUUUCGAAAAAAUUUUAAAUAGGAUUCUAUUCCUAAGUUUUAUAUUUUGCUUACGACUUUAUCGUUCUUCGUCUUUUCGCAAACAUCUUUCCUCCUCUUCUGUAUAAUAAAGAAGAAGUAAAAGAUCGAUUAUACACGUAAACAAAUGCGAACAUUCGUCCGGUUGCAUUUUAUUCUCAAACGCUAUUGUCCACGACAUGGUUCAGUUUCGUUCCUCAAUGAAAUCUCUUUUUACUUUCCACUUCCCAUCAUCGUCCUCCUAAUAUCUUCUUCACCACGAAGUAAUACAGCUGCCCCUUUCGUCCUACGUUGGGAAUUUCGUUAUACUCGGAAGAAACGGACAAACCAUCAUCUCAAUUCUCGUGCAUCUAUGACAUAAUCUUUCUACUGAUAAUAAUAAUAGUAAUAGUAAUAAUAGUAGGUGUAUACGAAACCGUUUCUACCUCAAUGAAACAAACGUACACGUAUACAUAGCUAACACGUACACGCAUAAACUCGUACAUACAGACGCAUAUAAACUCGCACAAUGUGCACAUACACUUGCACAUACACUUGCACACACACAUACACACACACAAAAUACAUUUACGGUACGCAUAGACGAUCACGUUAAUUACAAAUGACGUUCGUACAAUUGUGUGUCGCUUACGGUUCCUUCUCGGUUUUUCUUUCUCAUGUGUCCCAAUGAUUGUGAGAAGUAUUAUUUUUCUACGCGACGCUCGGCGUAAUACCGUGCGUUUCAUUUUUUUUGUACCAUACAGAGGAAAUGAAAAGUGAAAAACAAAUAUGAAAGAGCAUGUAAAAGAAAACAAAAUCAGAAAACCGCAACAAAAUCGGAUAUACGUAAAAGUAAUAAUUAUAUUGUAUGAUAUAAGAGAGAUUUAACGAUGAUGAUGAUGAUGAUGAUGAUGAUGAUGAUGAUGAUGAUGAUGAUAAUGAUGAUGAUGACGACGAAGAAGAACUAUAGCUGCCGCGAAUAAAUAUAUCGGAUAAUAGCACUGUCCUCCGUUCUUCCACCUUUUCUCCACCCCUUUUCUCCUUUUCGAAACUGCCUCCUCAAACAUACGAUCCUCCUGCCCCGCCCCCCAUCAACUCCCCAAACCUAAUCUAACCUAAUCUUUCCAUCCUAUCCUCCCUUCAGACGACCGAGUUUAUGUAAAUAACAUCCGUUCAUAUUUAUUUAUUUAUGUUUCUAUGCGCUGGACGCGUCUAAGUUACACGCAAUUUCAAAUUAAUCGAUAACUAUUCCUAUUGAUAGAACGAAAGAGAGUACACUGAUUUUUUCAAUAUAAAUAUAAAAUGGUAUAUAUAUAUAAAUAUAUAAAUAUAUAAAUAGAUAGAGUAUAUUAUAUGUAAUAUUAAGAAGGUACUUGUUUAGAUCAUAAGCGUGCCCCGAACUCGUCGCCCCGCGAUGCGACAUUGCAAGUCGAACGACAAAAGAUGAAAAAUAUAAAUUAAAAAUGGAAUAUUAUAUAUUAUAUAUAUAUAAAUAUACAUACAUACACGGACACACACAGACACAUAUAGAGACAGACAGACAGGAACAUAGGAGCGUACACAGACACGCAUAUACGAAGAAGAGGACGAAAAAAAAGAAGAUGCGAAGAAACGACGAAAGAAUUAAUAGAAUAAACGCGAUUUGUAAAUCGCUGAAUCACGCGGUGCACGCCAUAUUCCAGUUUCUCCUCUUCUUGUUCGCGAGCGAAAUUUCGACUUAACGUCGACUAGUUUAAGGGAUAAACGAGGAUCGACGAUGUCGAGGGGAUGUACCCUGGGCAUUUCCGCUUUAAGAACGCUAGAGAAUGUAAAACUCGAAGAUAAGAAGCGUCGGGAAAUUAUUUGAAGGUUCGAUCGAUAGCCAGUUAUUUUAUUUCGCAUUAAUGUUUCGCAGUAUUGUCUAUAUAUUUCAGUUUCCUUUUUAACGAAAAUUCGAUUGAUCGAUCGUUCCUUUGGAAAGAAAACGGAAACAGUGAUGCUUUGUUUCAAAUUUUUUUGUUUAUACAUAUGAUUUUACGGAAGAGUUCAAAGGAGCAGCGUAUGGAACGACGCUUCUAUCGCAGAAGUUUUACGUUCCUCGAUGAAGAUGAAAAUUCUCGUCGUCUCGACAUCGAUCGCGUAUUCAAUAUACGUAAUCGUCGGUCCGCGUGUUCUCUUCGUCGGCAUCGAUUCGGCAGAAACGACCGUUCUUGUUGUGUAUUUUAUCUCGAAAAAAUAGAGAAAGAUCGUGGCUUGCACCGCAGAUCGUACACGGUGGUUACCAAUUUUGUUUUUAAGUUGAAAGAUUAAGUUUUGCGUUACGAUUAUGAGAGAAAUGAGAGGAAGGUGCGUGGUGGAUACGAGAAGGAACGCGAAGAAUACGUAAUGAAAGAGUGUACGAGCGGAGGCGGCAAAAUGGCAGAUGCCUCCAGCGUGAACGGAGCGCGCAAACCGUAGUUGCGUUUUUCGUGUAUGCAAAAUCUAUACUUUUGCAUUCUAUUUACAGAAUUAUUUUAUUUAUACGGGAAACAGUGCGCCUGUGUGCGAGUGCGUGCAUGACGACGCGUGAAUGUGCUUCGGGACGUGUUAAAAAUUCAUUUCUAGCAUAAUCCGAAUAUUCGAAAUAUUUUCGAAAUUGAUCCUUGUGAAACCCGUUCGAAAUGCAUUUUUAAUACGUUGAAGACGACUAGGUACGCCUUGAUACGAAUGUUAGGGAUAGUAUGCGAGUGAAAUGAUUGUUUGAGGAUGCGUGAACGGGAGAGAGAAAAGAAAAGGAAAAAAGGCGAUGAGAGAGAGAGAGAGAGAGAGAGAGAGAGAAGAGGCAUGGAAGUGGAAUAGAAACGAAGAACGAGUCGAAACUCUGCCAUCUUCAACGAUCCCGGACAGGAACUGGGUUGAAAUGAUGAUGAUUAUAAUCAUGAUUCAUUACGUGUUAUGAUAAAUUACUUUGGAUAGGUAAGCGUGGAGGGGAAAUAAAAAGUGAAAUGAAAUGACGAAUGAAAACGCGAAGUAUGGCGUUACGAUACAUUUUUCUUUUUAUUUUUCUUUUUUCUCCGAGCGCGAACAGGGUGGCAGGGGUUUGUGCUACGCCGAGUUGAGUGUAACUCAUCCUCUUUUUUGUUUGUAUAAAAAUUAAUCGAAAUUUAAUUAGACUAUUAAUAACUGUUUAAUUACUGUGAAACAAGAAAACAUUAAUUAUAAAUUACAAAAAAUCUGA